GACUGCGAGGUGACUAUUAUUAACGGUCAAAUUACCGUCAAAUCAUACAAUAUCACGAGAAAUGCGCGCUUAUGCCAAGCGGCGGAGUUCCUGUCAGCUCGGUAGUCACGAUGACCCAGGUAGUUCCGAGUCGUCCUGCGGCGUUGACAGCCCUAGUCCCGCCUACCUCACCCAUGCUGACCAGUAGAAAUACUUCUCCGUCACGGCGAUCGCCAUGCGGUCACAGGAGCCCCUCAGGUGUGCGGCGUGCAGACAAUGUAUCUAAAGAGAAACACGAGCAUGCAGCAAAGACACAAGAGGUGCUGCAGGACAAAGAGCGGCGUGCUCUGCAGCAGCUGGAGCGCAGCGGCGAGCAGCGAGGGCGCAAGAUGGCGGCGCAAAGGAGGAAGGAAGGGCAGCGACAUCUGGCGGCCGAGGAGAAGAGACGACAGCAGCAGGAAGCCGACAAGGAGAGGCUGGAGGCCCUGGUACGCCGCAGAGCCGGGGGUGCAGAGCGGAGAGGAGGAGGAGGCGGCGAGGCCCGGGACCACCUGGACAACCGGCCCAAGCGAUGGACCUGGGGGGGACCGCCUGACGCAGCGGAGGGUAACCCUAAGACCCCGCCCUGCCACGCCGUUGGCUCCGCUCAGCCUAGUCAGCUUCCUGCCGCUUCAGCCCCCAGUGUCCACCAAUCCCGUCACGUCUGUGAUUUCUUGGCCCCGCCCACCUCGUCGGAACCACCAAUGAGCAGGCAGCUGUCCAACUCGUCAAGUGCACUGCACUCGACGGAGACGGAGGCUCCCCUCGACAACAAACACAGACCUCACAGAAGUUCCUCUAACCGCAGGAGCAUCGCCGCGUUCCCCGACGAGACGUCUAAGGCCAGAACGCCCACGGGGGAGUUUCCUAACGCACCAGUUCGUAGCUCAUCCUUCAGAGCCAAUAAGAAAGGUCCUGCUACACCAAAAAGGAUGCGGUCGAACAGGAGCCGGGCCCAGUCACCCUGCUCCCCCGGCCAGUACCCGCCCUCCCCUCACCGACAGAGGGCCCCAACUCCUGGCGACGACAGGGGCCACGCCGAAGCCAAAGGUCACGGCACGCUAGACAGGAAGUCUGCCAAAUCUGAGACCUCAGAGAAGAAAAUCCCCAAAUCCACCAGCAGAGAACUUUGCGCAGAGUCUCCGGGAACGCCCACAGGCCGGAGCGUGGGCGGCACCAUGGAUGCCGAAGAGGCGUCCAGACUGCUGGCCGAGAGGCGCCGCCAAGCCCGAAUACAGAAGGAGCAGGAGGAGAGACAGCGUCUGGAGGAGGAGCAGCUGAGAGCAGAGGAGGAGCGCAGGAGGCAGCAGGAAGCCCGGGAGCUGCAGGAGAGAGCCGCGCUGCAGGCGGAAGAAGACCGGGUCCAAAGGGAGGAGGAGAGGAGGAACAGAGAGGAGGAGGAGCGGCGGCAGAAGGAGCAGCGGUGGAAAAACAUGCAGGAGCAGCUGGACAAAGAGCGAGAAGAAGCCUUCCAGCGAGCCCAGAAAGAAGCAGAAAGGAAGAGAAGGGAGCGAGAGCAGCUUCACAUCCAGGAGGAGCAGGAGAGGCUGCAGAGGAAAAAGAGAAUUGAAGAAAUCAUGAAGAGAACGAGGAAGAGUGACGUGGAUGCUCCGCCUGGAGCUGCAGCAUGCGAGACGCCGCUCACCCUGGACGACAUCCCCACUCCCGCCGAGGCCCCCGUCAUCCUGCUGGGACCCCUGGAGAGCAGGAGCUUUGUGGACGAGCUGUCGGACGGAGUCCAGUCCAUGGACGUGAGUUCUCCAUCUGUGUCCGUCAGCCCAGUGUCCAGGGACGAGCCGGCCAGCGCCCAGGAGUUCUCGCCGGUGGCAGAAGAGACUCCCCUGGAGCACAUGAUGGACCUGGACAGCGCGCCGGGACGCCCUUACCCCAAACUACAGGCCGACAGCAGCGUGGGCGACCUUAACAAGAACCUUCUGAUCCAAGCGUGCGGCACCGCCUCCGAGUCCUCGCAGCUCAUCCGCAGCGUCGGUCCCAGCGAGGUGGACGUGUGAGUGAUAUCAACAUCGGUUUGAGACAUCCCUUUUGAGCCUAAAAGAAGGAGACCUUCUUCAGCAGCUUCUUCUCCUCCUGGAUCAGCCGCUCUUCAUCCCACCUGACCAGCAUCCUCCACUAGCACACACACACCACACACAGUAGAGUCCAAAGCGCUUCUAACCAAGGACCGGCGAGCAAGGCCUUCUUGUUUAUUUAUUGAUCGAUUGGUUAUUGACACAUUUUGCAUGUGAGAGCCUCUGGGGCGGGGGGGAAAGGUUCAGUUCUCCCAUCAGUGCGAGAUGAAGGCCUCCACAUCUUUAAUCGGAUUGCUGCUCAUAAGUGUAAAUACUGGACAUGUGACCGGGCGUUGGACAAAAAAAAUGACAUAUUGUGGCUCGUUGCGGUGCUCGUAGCUUCGUUCCCCCGGUGGCUCCUCGUAGUUUGGUAGCCUGUAGCUUUUGCCUCCUCCGCUGCUCGUCCCCGGACGCUUUGCGGACAUGUCUGCGGGGGGAGGGGCCGAGAAACGUCGCCUGGCCUGUGAUUGGUCGGCGGGGCCAGGAAGUGUAUGUUGUGUUGUUGUGAGGCACCGACUGACCACGCUAGCUGCAGUGUGCACCGUUACCCUUACCACUAGUCUCCUCACCUAUGGAGAACACUCUGCUCGUCACCUCUGGAGGCCUUCAACCUCCGCGCUUCACCUUCUCACUCCAGGAAGUGGAAGUCCUCAGCCGCAUCGCAAAAGCCACAAAGAUGUCCCACGAGGAAAGCGGGACUAAAAUUAAACUUGUCUUGACACUCAUAAGGGAGUCAAACAUAAUGGCCACUUCAUGUCUUCUACUGUACUACUACUACUACUACUACUACUAGUACUACAACUAUUACUACUACUAGUACCUGCAGCCUGGUUGAAUAUAUCAUUGUAAAUGUAAUGCAUGGAUUACUGCUGAAAAUCACCAAUAAACGUCAUCAAAACCA